GGUAUAGGAUAGAUCUUCUGGAUCAGAAUACUUUUCCUUUUUAGGUUACCGCUCUUCCCAACACAUCCCAUUUGGCAUUAUCCAUGCACCUAUUCAGUAGCUGAAUUCCUAGCCAAUUAACAUGGGUUAUAAAUCUAGAUUUAGACUAAGCUACGCUAAAACUUAAAAUUGGUUUCAUUGUUUUCUACAGCCACGGGUUCUACAUAUUAUAAAGCAGACUUCACCAUUCGGGAACUAUCGAAUCUACUUUUAUUCCUCUGCCAUUAGUCAGUUACAAGUCGCUUGGUGCGACACAACUAGGGGAUUGCCAAAUAACCUUUAAUAGAAGAUAGAUAUUGAAUAUGCUAUAUGCAGGGCUACACACACACAACCUAUUACAUGGAAUUAGCCAUAGUGCCUUUAUUUAAAAGUGGAACCCCAAGCCUAGGCAUAGUCAGCCAUGUGCUUAUAGCCACACAUAAUGGAUAAAUUGGGGUUCUGUACUAGCAAACUCAGAUUAUUCAUUGCAACAACCAACCACCCACAUGCAAAGGCCUCUAAUGAAAUAAAUGCAUUAUUGGAGGACAAGCAUAAUAAAAACAACCUACAGCUAUCAGGUGUGUGUGAGUAGUCAAACCCCAACCUUGCUGGGGUUUCAUUUUACUCCAAAGCAACCAAUCAGCAAUUCAUUCUCACUUCAAGACUGAAUGAAAACAAAAGUCUCAUUGGUUGCUGGGUUUAUUACUCCUGGGUAAAACUUGACUCCAGUUCUGUGAAUUCUACCCCUGCCUCAGGGAGCUCUGCAGGCCCUUCCAGGGCCAAGGGAAAGGAAUACCUUGGAAAAAAGAAAAUGGCUCAGGAUAACAGGUGCCGCCCAGGUAUUAAGGCCAGUAGCAGCACCCAGUUCUGUGGCAGUUACGUCAAGGAGAAGAUUUUGGAAUUCUCUGAGCUAUUUGGAAAUUUGGAAGCCGACUGUGUGGUGCUGAGGAGGAGGCUGCAGAAAAAGAGAGCCGAGUGCAAGAAAGCCUUUAGCCUGAAGAGAGAGCAGAUAAGGAGGGACAUUGCCGAGCUGCAGGAGUUGCUGGAGGAGAAGGCCACCCGUUUGUGCCAGCUGAGGACACAAGUGAGGGGCUUGGAAGAGAAAUACGGGGAGGGGAAAGUGGAUGAUUUUCAGGAAUUUCAGAAGGACAUUGAACAAUGUAAGAGGUUUUGUGACAGCAAAUCGGAAGAGGAGAGUGAUGGUCCUACAACGACCCAACUUGAGUCAUCGAGUGAAGAUUCACUCACAUCAAAGACCCAUCAAGAGGAAAGUGUGGGGUCUUCGUGUAAUUAUGAACAUAUUCCAACCUCGCCACUAUUCACUGAAAACUCUGAAACGGAUCAAGUAAAUGGAGUAGAGUCUAAAAGAACCGAUGUUGCCACAACCAUUGCAACCAAUCUAAAUGGGUCUCCUCCUGUUCAGAACAUCAUCUCAGAAAGCCAAUUGCUGGUUCCUUUAAACUCAGAAGCAACUGCGAUUCAGAUAUUGGAUGAACCCCAUAUGGAGAGUGUAGGUAAAACACCUACAGAUCCAGUGAUAUGCGGACAGCAAGGUGCAGAAGCAACACUGCCUGCACCUUCCCAAGUUGGGGGGCCAUCUAACAUGAAUCAAGGCUUUAGUAAUGACGUUAGGCCUCUUGACGAUUCACUGAAUAUGAAAAGCUGCCCUCGACUUAGCUUGGAGCCUCCUUUAUUGGAUCCACAGGGUUCCAAAGAGUCCUUGGUGCUUGGCCCACAUGAGACUUUCAGUAGAAGAGCCAAUGCCACACAAGGUGCUUCCUCUACCAUGAAAAAACGCAACGUGGCUCACAUUAGGUGGAAUGGGGAAGGUAACCCCCCUGAGCGAAGUGCUGUCAUUGAUAAAGUCCUAGCCAUGGGAUUUGUUCCUUCAGACUUGUAUGCAGUCAUACACCCCCAUAGAAUCCCUGAGUACGAUAUCAGUUUUGUGGAGUCUCAAGAUCUUAGCAGAUUUUGUGAGGCUUUUGAGCAGCACAAAUAUGAAGCAACGUGGUUGGGCUUCUCGGCUGAACCCAUUACUAGAUCCCAGGUGUGUACUGUAACCAUACUGGUACGCAACGAAUCCCUUCCAGUAAAUGAUUUGACCGUUUGGCUUAGCAGGUAUGGAGACCUUAUAGGCGCACCCACUAAAACUCUCGACGAGAGAAAGAUUUGGACUGGUGGGUGGAAAUGUCAAAUGAGGCUCAAGCAAAUAAAUAACGUCAUUCAGCACAUUCCUAGAUCUGCUUAUUUGGGGAGAGACCGGAUCAUGUGUUUUUACAAUGGGCAGCCCAAAAAUUGCUUUAAGUGUGGGUCCGAUGAGCACCCCAGUAUAUCAUGUUUAGUCACCAAGUGCUCCCGGUGCCACACAACUGGUCAUGCCACUAAGACUUGCAAUAAUAUUAGGUGCAACCUAUGCAGUCUGUUAGGCCACACUUACAGUAGAUGCCCCCAGGCAUGGCACAAUACAGGUGCAACUUGUGUGACUCCACAGCAGGAAACUAAUAAACAACCAACAAUUAUUCAAGGGGAUCGAGUAGCAGCGGUUUCAUGUGCUCAGCAACAAAGCCACGUUGCAAAAGAAUGUCUACAGUUUUCUUCAGAAGAGGUGUAAACAUCACAAAGAGAUAGAGAUGAGACUGGGAUAGUACGAGAGUCCGAUAGAAAGAAAAGAAGGAUGGAGGAUUGUUCUGGUAAUGGGGUUACAGAAGAACCAGAAUCCCACAUCCAGUAGGUUAGAACUUCUGCUCACAAUAUAAAAUACCUUAAAAAGAGAAUAUGUGAAGGAGAAACAAUAGAUAAGUCUACAUCACAUGUACUAUGUGUAGUAGACAAAAAAUACCUGAUCUUCUAUGGAGCAAAAGACAUGGACAGGGAGUAAAAACCAUGGAGCAGUUUAUAGUAACCCCCAAUGCAGUGUAUUGAUGCUCGUACUGCAGCCCUUGCUAUAUUGCAUUAUGCUUAGUAAGUUGUGCUUUUGGCUAAUAUCACCUAGUGGAGUUUUAAGCUCAGUAAGACAGUUAUAUGUUUUACAACAGCUGGUAUGAAUAGACAAGGGUGUCUAAAGGGGAAGUAAACAUUUGUAAUGUAAAUGUUAUCUGUGCAUUUCAUGUGAAAAGUUAACAUAGGAUGCAAAAGGUGGGGAGAGGGGAGAAAUACUGUAGUCCUUCAGUAUGUGUGACUGAUCCAUAAGCAUGACUCCAUUGUUACUGAAGUAUAGAUUCAGUUUACCUUAA